UUAUUAAUUUUCGUUUCCUCUUCACCUCCACCCUGCAACAGAACUUACCCUCGUCCACAUGAAUAUUUGGAUAUCUCGGAACUUCCCAAGAGCUGGGACUGGCGAAAUAUCAAUGGGGCCAAUUAUGUGAGUGCCACUCGCAACCAGCACAUCCCACGGUAUUGUGGGUCUUGCUGGGCUCACGGGAGCACCAGUGCGCUAGCAGAUCGCAUCAACAUCAAAAGGAAAGGUGCCUGGCCCUCAGCUUACCUUUCUGUUCAACAUGUAAUCGACUGUGCUGAGGCUGGAACAUGUCACGGUGGGGACCACCUCUCUGUGUGGGAGUAUGCCCAUAACCAUGGCAUUCCAGAUGAGACCUGCAACAACUAUCAAGCUAAAGAUCAAAAAUGUAGGAAGUUUAACCAGUGUGGAACAUGUGUCACUUUUGAUGAAUGCCACGUGGUAAAGAACUACACCCUCUGGAAAGUAGCAGAUUACGGAACUGUCAGUGGGCGAGAAAAAAUGAUGGCAGAAAUCUAUGCAAAUGGACCCAUCAGCUGUGGAAUCAUGGCCACUCCAAAGCUAGAUGAAUACACUGGUGGACUUUAUGCAGAAUACAAGCUGUUGCCUAUGAUCAACCACAUAGUCUCUGUCGCCGGCUGGGGAGUGGAAAAUGGAACAGAAUACUGGAUUGUCCGGAACUCCUGGGGCGAGCCGUGGGGAGAGCGUGGCUGGCUUAGGAUCGUGACGAGUGCCUACAAAGGAGGAAGAGGACGGGAGUACAACUUGGCUCUGGAACAGGACUGUGCUUACGGAGACCCCAUCGUUCCUUAAGUCCAUUGCUGGGCUUCAUUUCCGCUUCUGGAAAGAGGACAGGUAGUUCUUCAGCACUGUACACGCAAGAGGACAUAUUAGCACGGAUAGGUCCCCUUGUGUUGGUCCCUUUUUGAGUUCACAACUGUAUGCAGAAUCCUCCGUGAGGGAUGGCUAUUAGCUGCAGAAAGAGGGCAAGACUAGACACUGAUUUUCCACUUAGGAACUUUUGCUUUCAUCAGUUGUGAUAGAGUGUACGCAAAAACUGAGAGCCCAGUGUGGUGGUGUGAUUACUUGUCGACAAGGACUCAGGAGACAUGGGUUCAGAUCCCACUGCGUGGUCGUAAUGAUGAUAAAGUGGGAAAUACCUUGAGCUCACUGGACGAAAUGUAGGAUACAAAUGUAAUAAUAAAUAAACACAUCGACUCCAAACUAGUGUACAUUGUCAGAUUAAA